GCCCACCGAACUGUGACUACCAUUUCAAUGCCAUGCAUGACGCUAUCAAAAUGUGAACCAUAUCUACAUGGAGUCAUUGUAUGUGGGCACUGGAAGAUAUUGUGAUGAUAUUCCGUGCUGAAUGUCUGUGCAUAAUGCGAAUACUCGUCUCUUCUCGGGACGAUCCGAAACGGGCCUAAACAAGGACUUUAACUUAAGGCACAGUUGCGUUACGACAGUUUUCGUGUGAUGUCUUGAUUUUGAUGUCGAGUUGGACGAGUCAAGCAGAAGUAAGGCUAGAUCUAUAAGAUGUUAAACGAAGAGCUGGACAGUGACCCUGUCACCAGGUCAGGGGAGGCCGCAGACGAAAAUCAAGAUGAUCAAACUAUGUCAUCUUCGGCGAGGCGCUCUGAGAAAUCUUGUUCGGGUGUUGAUGAGCAAGACGAGUCAGCGGAAGAGCUGAUGACGCCAGUGAGACCCCGAAUAGACAGAGACGUGGUCUCUGAUGUUCCGAGACAACAGGGUGACGGAGCAUUCCAAAAGGACAAUUGCACCGAGAUGACAUCACCUACCAUCAAAUAUCCAAAUAGUCCAUUCUCAAUCAAUGUUGACAUCGAUCUCAUGCAGGUGGCGCUGUUUGUCCUGGCAGUGGGUACCCGGAUGUGGCGGCUGGAUUACCCUAAUUCUGUGGUGUUUGACGAAGUAGUCUACAUGCAACAGGUUGGCUGGUACCUGAAUAGGACCUUCUAUUUUGACCACCAUCCUCCCCUCAGUAAAAUGUUCUUCGCCCUAGCGGGUUACAUGAGCGACUAUAAUCCGGGACGAGUCUUCGAAACUGUCGGACAAGAAUACGACCCUGAUGUACCAAUAGGCUACUUGCGUUUCCUUCCCGCUCUAUCCGGCAGCUUAAUCAUACCAACCGUCUAUCAGAUAUUGGUGGAGCUCGGCAUGAAGCGGUGGACUGCCGCAAUAGCAGCAACUUUAGUAUUAUGCGAGAACACAUUCCUGACUCAGUCUCGCCUCGUAAUGGUCGAGAGCAUACUACUCUUCAUGAUCUCAUUUACAAUUUUGGCACUUCUCAAGUUUCUUAAUCGUCGCUCAAGAUCUUUUUCCAUAUCUUGGUGGUUCUGGCUAGUUACUCUCGGGACGAUGAUCACCGUGACUGCCACAACAAAAUAUAUCGGCGUGAUGACGUCAGGUCUAGUGCUAUUUAUGGCAUUCAAGGAUCUCUGGUACAUGAUGGCUGACCUUUCAUAUACUGACCGAGUCCUUGUCAAACAAACACUUGCAAGACUUGCUUGCCUCAUCGUCAUGCCCGUGAUCUUAUACUUGGGAAUCUUCUACGUGCAUCUCUCCAUCCUUGUAAAGGCAGGACCAACAGAUAGCGUGAUGACCAGCACGUUCCAGAUUGGUCUUGAGGGUGGACUGGCAGCCCUCACCAAAGGACAGCCUCUGUACGUCGCUUACGGCUCACAGGUGACCCUUCACAGGACAUUUGGUCCCGAGUCUUGCUGGCUUCACUCACAUGACGCCCUCUAUCCAGUUCGAUACGAGGACAACAGGGGGAGCUCGCAUCAACAACAGGUCACGUGCUAUGGGCACAAGGACGCAAACAACUGGUGGUUUAUCAAUAAAGCGGACAGCAACGACACGAAAGUGGCUGACCCUCCUGAGCGGGUAAAGGAUGGUGACAUUGUACAAAUCUACCACGGGCUUACAAAGCGACCCUUGAACAGCCAUGAUGUUGGUGCACCAAUGAACCCUGCCAUCAUGGAGGUUUCUUGUUAUGUAGACCACAACAUUAACAUGUCGGCGAACACGCUUUGGAGAGUGGAGAUCCUGAACAAGUAUGACGAAGGUGAAUACUGGCUGUCGAUACGAUCUCAUGUCCGCCUGAUCCACGUCAAUACCACGUCAGCUCUCAGGGUGACAGGCAUCAUCUUACCAGAAUGGGGUUUUGGUCAGCAGGAAGUGGUGGCUGACAGGAGCAUUACCCAGGAGUCGGCAAUCUGGAAUGUGGAAGAGCACCUUUACCUCAAGGAUAACCAAACUAAAGAAGAAGACCUAAGAGCAUCACCGCUCAUCCCAACGAAACCCGUAUACCUUUCAUUCUGGGAUAAAUUCAAGGAGCUUCAGAUGAAGAUGUUGUCGUCGCGUGUUGACGAGAGUAUCGAUCACAGAUAUGCAUCCGCGCCUACCGACUGGCCGUUCGAUGAGAAGAACGUGGCCUACUGGCUCAAAGAGACCGGCAAGGAAAGCAGCGCUCAAAUACAUCUCCUAGGGAACAUCGUCAGUUGGUAUUCCGCCCUUCCCGGGUUCUUGCUUUUCGUCCUCAUCUUUACAGGGAUCGUCCUGGCGAGGAAGCGCUCUCUUACAGUCGUCAGGGAAGACUACUUGGCACAAAUGACCUUUGUCGCCGAGCUCCUUAUCGGAGGUUAUCUGCUUAAUUACCUGCCUUUCUUCGCUGUGGAGUCGACGUAUUUCCUCUACCACUACCUACCGGCCGUCCUAUUCAAACUUAUUUUUGUAGCCAUCCUCGUGGAGCAGAUAUAUUCGGUUUUAGCCAAAGAUCCAAGACUCCAAUACCUAGCGGUUGGUAUGAUAUCUGUGUGGAUGACAGCUGUCGUGCUCGUUUUCUACCAAUACUAUGGACUCAGUUGUGGCUUCAAGCAGUACACCAAUAAGCAGCUAUUAGACAUGGUAUUCAGAUCUUGGGAUUUUAUAAUGGUCGAGCAAUCGGAGACAAAUAAAUAAUAGUAUAGGCGCAUGUUGAACAAAUCUCGACUUCAUAUAAGAUCUUAAUACUACGAAAGCCCAGAAGGAUCAUUGGAAAUACGAAAUACGAAAUACAAAAUACGAACUUCGAACUUCGAGAUUCAAUAUCUAAAUCAAUCAAUCACAAUACUUUAAUGAAAGCACGUGACUCAGAGAAUUAGUAAUGGCGAAGCUACCAAUGAAGAUCACAGAGAAUGCACAUCUACCUGGGCUUGUCUUCCAUAUUUAGAAACGGUUUUAGAUCGGUGUGUCUUGAGUAUAUUUAGUAUGCACGCCAAACUAAUUGAUGGGCAUGCAUGCUUACGUGUCUCUCUCUGCACACGGCUCCGUCGACUGGUGAAUCUGAAGAUGGGGCUUUACGUAAAACGUACCGGGAAAAUAAAUAAACUUAUUUAGACGACGGCUACGUAUGGCUUGUGGUAUUCGACUCGAUGACUCGACGACGCGAUGGCUCGAUGACGCGAUCGUUGCUAUGGAUUUUGCUAAAAUACGGAAUCCCAUGAUCCUGGUCUCCGGGCUACCGCUGCAACAGCAGAGGUUUUAGCUCGGCCUCCCCAUACCCAGCUACGGUAUGUAGAAGGAUGUGCCCCCCCCCCCCCCCAGCCAUGGCCACUGAAGAUUGGUCCCCGCGAUUGAUUUUGAUAUUUAAAGGACUCGCGGAAGUUUCAUAGCAUGCAAAAUGACCGGAGAUUUAAUUGACAAACAAGCUUCUAGUGGCCAAUAUCAGAUGUCAUGUGGUAGUCUGUCAACAAUCGGAAUUUCGCAGCAUAUGUGCAGUUUUUUAGACUCAGUCACUCAGUCCCUCUUCCGCCCCUUGACAUCUGCCCCCCCCCCCCCCAAUACAUCAGCCCCUGUACAUGCUUUCCGAAAUUGGUGGCUUGCAUUGGAACUAACUUUUUCCCCCUUGUCCGUCAUUAAAGGCAUCCAAGUGUGUUGGUCAACCAUGACUAUCUCCUUUGUCCCUCCACCACAGGCCUAGUUUCCCCUUAUGACAUCACUAUUUCGGACACUCAGCGCCCCAUUUCUGGAAAGGUGUAUAGGACAUUUAAUAUUGCCGUGCUGAACGGAUAUCCAGAGCCAACCUUGUCUCCAGGAACUCGCGUGUCAUUUAAAGGUUUGAAUGUCUGCUCGUAAAGAACCUGGGUAGGAGGUUGAUCUGAACCAGCUAUAUUUAGGUGUAUUCAGCUGUAUUGACGGUAAGCUUGCAUAGCAACAUGGCGCAUGGUUUUAUCAAAAAUGCGAACUUGUAGGAAACGAAAAAUGGUCGGAUUAGAUACGGUGAAAACAGCUGGAAAGGGGUUGGUAAUGAUCGGUUCUUUUUUAUUUUCCUCCACUUAUGAUUCUAUGUAUAAAUUACAGUCCAGGCAGUGAUAUUCUUUAAAAAGAUUCCAACUUGAUCGCGUCAUCGAGUCAUCGCGUCGUCGAGUCAUCGAGUCGAAUACCACAAGCCGCUACGUAUCAGCAAAAUAAACUCAACAUGUAGAAAGCACGCAGAUCAAUUUUUAGCCUGCUGUAAACACGAUGGCUAAAGAUAUCGGCUUACCUGGAGAGGAAAUGACGACACAAAAGAAACAUACGAAAGACUAGUUCAUUUUGAGGGGCGUUAGGCCCGCAUUUAUUAUUUGUAUCCGAUUGUAUCCCUCCAACACUGUAUAAUGGGAUGACCUUGUUUCUAUUGUGAUGCAAAGGUAAACCAAUACCUUUACCCUGAGUGUAUAAAUAAACACAUAAACGGUGCCGUAUGAGCAAGCAAGCCAUGACGAAUCAAAGAUUCAAUGCAGCUGUGCUGUAUUUCUAUGAAUACAGUAUCAUUUAUAAGUGUGUAUAUUAUUUUCAAAAUAAAUCAUGAAAUUAUA